CCGGGAGCAGCCGGGGGUGCUCGGGUCGGCCCCGGGCGAGCGCUUCGCACCGCGGCUCCGCCGCUUCCAGCAACGGGGCCGCAGGGGCCGCAGCCCGCGCGGAUGGAUUGAUGCGAGGAGACCUCAUGCGCACGGCCGGCGGGAGUUCUGCAAACUUUUUCAGCGGCGGCAGCUCUUUCUCUUCUUCCUCUUCCUCUUCCUCGCCCGGCGGCACCUCUCCUCCGCGACCCCGCGGCAGCAGCAGCCUCCGCCGCCCGCGAUGCCGGCCCGCCCGCCCGCCUGGCUGUGGCUGGCGGCGGCGCUGGGCGCCGUGUGGCCGCCCCGGAGCUCUCCGGUGCAGGGCCGGCGGCUGAUCUGCUGGCAGGCGGUGCUGCAGUGUCAGGGGGAGCCCGACUGCAGCUACGCUUACAACCAGUACGCCGAGGCGUGCGCCCCGGUGCUCCUGCAGCAGCAGCCGGCGGCGGGCGGCGGGGACGGGCCAGCGGCCGCCGCGGCCUCGGCCGCCUCCCGGCGGCGGUGCCCCAGCCACUGCAUCGCGGCCCUCAUCCAGCUCAACCACACCCGGCGCGGCCCGGCGCUGGAGGACUGCGACUGCGCGCAGGACGAGAACUGCCGCGCCACCAAGCGCGCCAUCGAGCCCUGCCUGCCGCGCACCAGCAGCCCCGCGGCCGGCGGCGCGGGGGGUGGCGGGCCGGGCGGCGGCGCGGGGGGCAGCCCCGGCGUGAUGGGCUGCACGGAGGCGCGGCGGCGCUGCGACUGGGACAGCCGGUGCAGCCAGGCGCUCAACCGCUACAUGGCCUACUGCGGAAAGCUGUUCAACGGGCUGCGCUGCACGCCCGAGUGCCGCGCCGUCAUCGAGGACAUGCUGGCCGUGCCCAAGGCCGUUCUGCUCAACGACUGUGUCUGCGACGGGCUGGAACGGCCCAUCUGCGAGUCGGUCAAGGAGAACAUGGCCCGCCUCUGCUUCGGCGCCGACGUGGGCAGCAACGGCGCGGGCAGCAGCGGCGGCUCGGACGGCGGCCUGGAGGAGUACUACGACGAGGACUACGAGGAGGAGCCGAGCCAGAAGGGGAGGGACGAGGCGGAAGACAAUGCGGGCCCGGAGCCCGGCUUCCCCAUGCAGGCGGAUGGUGCCGGCCGGGCUGCCGGUGCGGCCUGGGCGCUGCUGGCCUCCAUCUUGCUGCCGCUGCUCCCGCCGCUCUAGCCCCACGCCCGGCCCCGGUCCCGGCCCCGGCCCCGGCCCGGCGGUGUUCCCCUGCUUCGAGACGAGCGGACAGUUCCUCCCGACUGUUAUCCGGGCGCCUCCCCGCGCCUCCCCUGUGUGUCUGUCCCCGUGUGCACUAUGCAAUGCGUCCCGGCCGCCUGGCGCUGCGGCCCGCGGUGAAGUGAGGGGAAGGACUGCGAGCCGGCUCCCCGCCGCCUCGGUGGGAGGGAGAGGAAGCGAGGGCGCGGCCGUGUGUCUGUAGCGAUUUGACGUGAAGGUUAGAAAGAGGUGAGCUGCCCAAAUUGCUGCCAAAGCUAUUGCCCAGCAACCUGACUGUGUCUCGGUACCGCUGUGCCUGUUGCCUCGCUGUGUCUGCCGCUCACUGAGCUUAAGAAAACACCGGCUGGGUGAGGUUAGGUGGUUCGCAGCAUUGCCUCUUGCACACACGUCUGCCCCUAACAGCCAGCCAGUAGCCGCCUCUCCUAACCUAGCAGCACACAAAAAUGGUUAUUUUCAAAGAGAGUUGUUGGCUAUCACAAACAAUGCAACUUGUCUUCCAAAAGAGCUCUGCACUGCCAUCUUCAAAAGACACUUUUAAACUCAGAACAUCUAUGUUCACAUAUCCUGAGAAGCUAUAUUGCCUCUUGUCGUAUCAGGGUGCUGACCUCUGGUAAAUCUUUUAUAGAGAUGUAUUUAAAACUGGGAUUUGUUACCAGUCGCUCUUCUUUGUAUAUACAAUUUUAUAAAUUGUAUGCUCAUGGGGAUAAUUUAUUUAAGAAAAAAAUAAUAAAAGUUUUAAAUCCACGUCCUAUUUGCCAGGUAAUCACAUGCGCUAUUCUUUUCUGGAAAGGUACAGGUUUCGUUUUACAUUUAAAGGGGUAUCACCAGCAACAAUUCACUGACAUAUUCUCUAGAACACCAAAUGUACAGUGUGUUUUAUAGAUUUGGAGUUAACUUUCUUAUUUGGAGAGACAUUAUGAACAUUGUAGAAUUGUAUGAACGCAUUUCCGAGCUGCCUUAAACCUAGUAUUUUUUAUAGAAGGCGUAACAAAGGCCUGUGUUUCAAAUAUGUAUGGCUUUUUGUAUUUUCUAAACGUUUAAAUUAGUAAAGAAAGAGCUUUAAAUAAUGGAUGUGUUGAAAUUGUUUUCCAGGGACGCUUGAACUCUCAGCACCCGAGGUUGGAGGGGGGGGGGAGCGUGAGGCAACCGCAGAACAACAAACCAAAAACAACCAACAAGCAAAAAUCUCUGCCUGCCUGUAAUACUUUACAUAGAUGUAAAUUACUGCUAUUCUUACGUUAAUGGAUAAUUACAUGCAAGAAGUAAAUACAGCUUUGAAAACACUA